AUGCCCACAGAGGCUGCGGCGCCCAACAACACCAACAAUCGACACAUUCAUUUGGGUAAUAGUACUGAAAUCACAGAUCCACGUCAUCAUCAUGUACAGAGAUACUGUAGUAAUCGGAUAAGCACCUGCAAAUACAAUGGCUUCUCAUUUCUACCGCGAUUUCUUUAUGAGCAAUUCCGACGCUACAAUAAUAUCUUCUUCCUGGCCAUCGCACUGCUACAGCAAAUCCCCGACGUCUCCCCUACUGGACGCUACACGACCGCCGUCCCAUUCCUUAUCAUCUUAUCAGUAUCAGCGCUGAAAGAAAUCUUUGAAGACGUGAAACGGCGGAGAAGUGAUAAUAAAGUUAACGCGUUUCCCGUGGAGAUACUAGUCGAUGGGAAUUGGCUCGAAAAACAGUGGAAAGAUGUAAAAGUUGGCGACUUCAUCCGUGUGGACAAUGAUAGUCUAUUCCCGGCUGACCUGCUGUUGCUAUCUUCCUCUGAACAACAAGGAAUGGCAUACAUUGAGACGUCGAACUUGGAUGGAGAGACCAAUUUGAAGAUUAAGCAAGCACUAGAUGUGACGGCAUCGAUGACGUCGCCGGAGAAUUUGGCAUCGUUUCAGGCGGAAAUCACUUGUGAACCACCGUCUAGACACGUCAACGAAUUCAAUGGAAACAUUGAAAUCAACGGUGAAGCUCGCCACUUUGGAAUCGACCAACUCCUGCUCCGCGGAGCCCGUCUCAAGAACACCGCCUGGAUUUUCGGCGCCGUCAUCUACACGGGACACGACUCGAAGUUGCUCAUGAACUCGAAAAGAGCACCGUUGAAAUCGGGAACCAUCGAUGUUCAAACCAACUACCGUAUCAUCUUCUUGUUCUUUGUUCUGGUGGCACUUGCAUUGAUAUCAGCUGCGGGAUCAGAGAUCUGGAGGGGACACAACAUUCCACAGGCGUGGUAUUUGUCUUUUUUGGAACACGAUCCGAAGGGUUCGUUCCUGUGGGGUGUGCUGACAUUCUUCAUUUUGUACAACAACCUAAUCCCGAUUUCCCUCCAAGUCACCCUGGAAAUCGUGCGUUUCUUCCAAGCGAUCUAUAUCAAUAAUGAUAUUGAAAUGUACGAUGUGAACAGUGAUUCGUGUGCCAUCGCGCGCACUUCCAAUUUGAACGAGGAGCUUGGGCAGGUGAAGUACAUCAUGUCUGAUAAGACUGGCACACUGACAAGAAAUGUGAUGAAGUUCAAACGGGUUUCUAUUGGAUCACACAACUAUGGAAAUAACGAGGAUGACGAGUUUUCGGACGCCACACUUUUAGAAGACGUCGAGAGAGGAGAUAAGCAUGCGGAAGCGAUUGUCGAGGUUUUGAAGCGAAAAAUUUUCCAGAUGAUGGCCGUGUGUCAUACUGUAGUUCCGGAGAACAAGGACGACGGAGAGUUGAUCUACCAAUCGAGCAGUCCGGACGAGGCGGCACUGGUCCGUGGAGCGGCGUCUCAAAAAGUGACAUUCCACACGAGACAACCCCAAAAAGUGAUAUGUAAUGUAUUUGGGACGGAUGAGACGAUCGAAAUCCUAGAUGUCAUUGAUUUCACAUCGGAUAGAAAGCGGAUGAGUGUGAUAGUCAGAGAUCAAGAAGGAGAGAUCAAACUAUAUACGAAAGGAGCGGAUACCGUAAUCUUCGAGCGCCUUGUGAGAGGAUCUGAGCAAUCCGUCGACUGGUGUACUGAUCAUUUGGAAGACUACGCCUCGUUUGGAUACCGUACACUUUGUUUUGCAGUUCGAAAACUGUCAGAUGGAGAGUAUGAGCAAUGGGCGCCAGAAUACAAGAAGGCGAUACUGGCAAUUGAGAAUAGAGCGAAAUUGCUGGCAGACGCCGCGGAGAAGCUGGAGAAGGAUAUGGUUCUAGUUGGAGCCACGGCCAUAGAGGAUAAGUUGCAGGAGGUAAGGGUUGGGUGGGUCCCCGAAACGAUUCAAGCUCUCAUGGCAGCUGAUAUCAGAGUAUGGAUGCUAACUGGUGAUAAGAGAGAAACGGCAAUCAACAUUGCUCAUUCGUGUGCCCUAGUUCAUCCGAACACAGAACUACUGAUUGUUGAUAAGACAACCUAUGAGGAGACUUACCAGAAGCUGGAACAGUUCUCAGCGAGAUCUCAGGAGCUGGAAAAACAGGAAAAGGAGUUUGCAAUGGUUAUCGAUGGCAAAUCACUACUUCAUGCACUGACUGGAGAAGCCAGGAAGCAUUUUGGAGAUUUGGCGUUGAGGUGUCAUGCGGUUGUGUGCUGUCGAAUGAGUCCAAUGCAGAAGGCAGAGGUCGUUGAAAUGGUUCGAAAACUGGCGAAACACGUCGUGUUGGCUAUUGGCGAUGGAGCGAACGAUGUCGCGAUGAUACAGGCGGCAAACGUUGGAAUCGGAAUCUCUGGAGAGGAAGGACUACAAGCAGCGUCUGCGUCGGACUACGCGAUUCCGAGAUUCCAUUUCCUGAGGAGACUGCUACUGGUUCAUGGUGCCUGGAAUCAUGAUAGAUCUGUGAAGGUCGUUGAAAUGGUUCGAAAACUGGCGAAACACGUCGUGUUGGCUAUUGGCGAUGGAGCGAACGAUGUCGCGAUGAUACAGCCGGCAAACGUUGGAAUCGGAAUCUCUGGAGAGGAAGGACUACAAGCAGCGUCUGCGUCGGACUACGCGAUUCCGAGAUUCCAUUUCGUGAGACGACUGCUCCCGGUUCACGGCGUCAUCCUGUACUCAUUCUACAAGAACAUUUGCCUCUACAUCAUCGAACUGUGGUUCGCAAUCUUCUCGGCAUGGAGUGGACAGACGAUUUUCGAGCGAUGGACGAUUGGAAUGUUCAAUGUGAUCUUCACGGCAUGGCCACCAGUUGUUCUGGGACUAUUCGAUCAUCCAGUACCGGCUGAUCAGAUUAUGAAGUAUCCCGCGUUGUAUGCCAGCUUCCAGAACAGAGCAUUUAGUAUUGGGAAUUUCUCCCUUUGGAUCGGGAUGGCUAUCAUUCACUCGUUAUCACUAUUCUUCCUGACCUACGCCACGAUGGAACAUCAAGUUGUAUGGGACAAUGGGUUGACUGGUGGAUGGUUGAUGUUGGGCAACUGCGCGUAUACGUUCGUCGUGGCUACAGUAUGCCUCAAGGCCCUUCUGGAGUGUGAUUCAUGGACGUGGCCAGUUGUGGUCGCCUGCAUCGGGUCCAUAGGUCUCUGGAUCGUUUUUGUGAUCAUCUACGCGUUGGUGUUCCCCCAUAUCGGUGGAAUCGGUGCCGAUAUGGCUGGAAUGGCUUAUAUUAUGAUGUCAUCGUGGACUUUCUGGUUGGCACUCUUAUUCAUACCUCUGGCGACACUGAUGUGGGAUUUGGUUAUCAAAAGUCUUUUCACAAUCGCAAUGCCAACACCACGAGAACUAGCGGUGAUGUACACCAAACGGACCACCUCAUUCAAUGGAUUCGAACGGUUAGCCAGCUACUCAUCGAACGUUCUGGAGAAUAUGCGUCUUCUGACGUCAUCGUUACGCGGAAGUACUACUGGAUCAUCUAGGUCAAGGACCGCUUCAGAAGCGUCGCUUGCGUUAGCGGAACAGACGAGAUACGGAUUCGCAUUCUCACAAGACGAAAGUGCCGCCGUGGCUCAGACGGAGCUCAUUCGAAAUGUGGACUCGACUCGGGAGAAACCAACUGGACGAUGA